AUGAGAGAAGAAGAACCAAGAGGCUGGAAGUCUAGUGCAUUUGGUAGGAAGAGAGUAAGGAAGAUAUCGAAGCUUCUCAGCCAGAAGCUUGGGCCCGAGUUCAUCAGCUACAGGCCCGGGUUCAACAUGUCCAAGAUAGCGUAUGUCGAGGGGUGGAAGGUGAUAAGCCUAGCCAAUAGGAUCUUUGGAUUCAACGGAUGGUCGUCAGAGAUACGAAGCAUCUCCACGGACUACGAGGAGGCUGAAGACAAGAAGAUAAGUCUAGGUGUGUCCUGCCUUGUCAGGGUUAUGCUGAAGGACGGGACAUACAGAGAGGACAUUGGAUUUGGAAGUGCAGAGAAUCAGAGGAGCAAGGCAGCUGCAUAUGAAAAAGCAAAGAAAGAGGCAGCAACUGAUGCUCUCAAGAGGGCCCUGAGGCAGUUUGGAAAUUCGCUAGGAAAUUGCUGCUACGACAAGAACUACAUCAGAGAAGUACAGAGGAUCCAUAAGAUUAACGAAAAGGCUCUAGACUCCAACGAUUUAUUUAGAAAUAAUGGCGGAACGUCUGAGGAGUCCGACAAAGAGGGCGAUGGCUCCUUUGACAUAGACUACCAUGACCUGAGUGACACUCUGUGA